GUGUGUGGAUUUCGAUCAUCGCUGAUUCCAGACCCCCUCGGAUCCAAGGGGAAUCGAACACAACCUUGAAGUUCCGAACAAGCCCCAGCGCUCAAACGUCUCGCCCUUUUACCGUUUGGCCCUGAAGUUCAGACGCCUCGUUCCGUAAUCGCCCAGCCGUCCCCGUUUCCCUCUCGUUCCGAAUAGCCGAAAAGGAAACCUGGACACUGGCGGGCUGCUAUUUUUCUUCGAAGCAGGCGAGUACCUUUGAGAAGGUCGUGUCCUCCGACUGAAUGCGGUUUUCCCCAUCUCGAAUUCGACUUCUCGGGAUUCUCUGUAGAAAUCUCUUGUGCCCAUCUCGUGAUUUGGUGCAGAAGCCGUCGAUUGGGCAUGGAAUCGGAGCCCUUGGUCGUGGAUAUCUUUUCCUCCGACGAUGAGGAGACUUGCCAGCGUUCCGCAAUCAAUUGGCCCUAUGACCUGAUCGGCAAUGGCGUCGGACCCGACGGAGUGGAAGCCGUUGGAGAGUUGCCCCCUUGCCUUCCUAUCAAGCAGAAUCAGCGUCACUCGGACGACAAGUUCUCGUCCUACUCUCUUUGUUCGGAGCAAAGUUGCGUGUCCGAGUCGGAAAGCAAUUCAGAUGAUGAUUGCUUGAUUCUGGAUGGCGACCCUGACAAGCCUAAUGCGACCAUGGAGAAGAAUUGCGACGGUUCGGGUGAUUUGGUCGUCAUCAGUGAGAAGGGGCAGGUAGCUUGCAGGGACUUUCCUCAUCCACGGCAUUUAUGUGUCAGGUUUCCUUUCAAGACCUCACCGCAUGAGAAACACUGUGAUUUGUGCCAUUGCUAUGUCUGUGAUUCACCUGCUCCAUGUGUUUACUGGGGUACUGGUUUUUCUUCUGGUGACCAUUGCCAUUCGUCCGACAGUGAAGAGAAAUGGAGAACCCAAAGGAAAGCCUUCAGAUUAGCGCAGCUUCCAUCUGCAAUUUCAAGCAAGUCUAUGGAGACUGCACUUUCCAGGGUUUCGUCUCCGUAUAGUCCUGGAUACCCACUUUCACCAUCUUCAUCUACAAGUAUUAAUUCGGUUCCAGUGCAAUCCCCCGUCUCCAGAGCAAGUAGGCAUGGUUCUUCACCUUCCAGUAAUUCUGUGGCGCAUCCUACAAGUAUCACAGGCGACAAACGUGGUAACCAAUCACCGUUGAGCAAUAGCAAGAACCGGUUUGUGCAGUCCAGGAGAAGAAACAUAAAGGAAUUGACCCAGAAGGUACCAUGUGCUACACUAAGCAGGCUGCAGAAGCAGCAAAACUACUGUUCUUCCCGAUUUGUACCUAUUGCUGCAACACUCACUCAAGCCAUAAACUGUGCACGUAAUUAUGGUCAGAAGACAGUGACACCCAUAGCACAGGAAAAUCAUCGACCCUUGCUGAGGCCAUCUGACAGAUUUUACCUUAGAAGAAUAGAGCAUUUUCUUUUAAGUGAUGAUGAUUUGAAUGCAGAUGACUCGCAGAACCUUAGGUUGAGCGGUAACAGCACCCACGACUGGGGAAUUCUGUACUCAACCUGCAGAAAUGACAAUGCAAGCAACCCAUCUUUAGCAUCUCAUCCCACACAUGCAUGCCCGCUCGCAGGUUCCAGCACAACAAGGUCGGGAUGUGGGUCUUCUAACACAACAAAGUCGGCAUCUUCUUUUGGUUCACAGUUCCAGACAAAUACACCAGAAGACUGUCAAACUCCCACUGGAGGUAUGGUAGAUCCACCAGGAUCUGGCUCGUAUUGGGUAACUGAUACUGCACCAUUUGCAUCUCCAUCUUCGCCUCCUGACCUUCUGAAUCUAGAUCUACCGAAGAUUAUGGAUGCUGUGCUGUCUGAUCCUUGUAAUUCCAGGAUCACAAGUGGUGUAGCUGAGUCUCAAAUUGAAGCAACUGUUUUCGAAUCUCAGUCCAAUAACAGAGAUUUGGUUAUAGGAGAACUGAACUAUCGCCCACCUGAUUCGCUGUUAGACCCAUAUACUAUCGGGCUGAUACAGGAAGCACAUGGCAAUGGUAACUGGUAACUGAAUGGCUUGUAGACUGGGAUUACUAAAUGUUUUUCCUGCUUCUGUUGAUUCUAGGUCUCUUCUUGGUUUGGAAUUAUGUAAAUAGCAGGUUUGGGCAUUUCUGUAUUAUUUUGCAAUGCCGAAUUCUGCUUUGAUGUAUAUGAUACCGAGUGACUAAUCAUCACGUUCUCUAGGCGCUGCGAAGAUGUGAUUUGUAAUUGUCUAAUGGUUUGUAUUGCACGACUGUAGAGGAACUUUUGCAGUUCCACAACAGAGCCUUGAGUUUCAUUGUACAUGGUUAUUUUACACAUAUGACAAACUGAAGUUGAGAAUGUUUUUUUCUA